AUGGCUAGAACCAAAAUCAUUAAACCGGCCUCUAAGCCCGACUCCAGCGCCAACCCGCAAUCUCCGGUCGAGGAGGUCGAGUCCGAGGCCUCGGACUUCGAACAAGAGAAUCCCGAUGGUGAACCAGGCUCAGCAACGCGUGCCAAUAAGCGUAAGAGUGUCUCCGGCUCGAAGACACCUCAGUCCAAGAAGAAGCCAAAGAGAGCCAAAGUCAAUACUCCCACUACCGGAGGUCUGGAGUCGCCGACUACCCCUGGUGGGCCUAAAACCAAGUACACGUCGCGAGAUAACACGGUCCAAGAGAUUCGUGAAAUCGCUGGCAGUUUGAUUAGCAAUCUGCUUGGCCGAGAGUUUCCUGCCGAGGCUGUCCAAUUUCGCGAGUCUAAGGCGUCUGCUAAGGGAUACUCCUGGUAUGUUGACGAAGGCGAGCAGUUUCCAACUUGUUUUGAGCGAGAAGGGCCCAUGCGCUGGCUUGCCCCCGAGCGUAAUGGUGUCUUGAAGAUGCUCAAGGAAGGCAAACUCGGUGUAGAAGCCGUCAUGAUGGCCGACGAGGAGAACGCUGCUGAGCCUCCCGCCGAGGGCGUCGUUGCUCCUCCUCCUGCCGAAGAGGAACUCCUUACCGUUCCUCUAGAUACGACACAACCAGGAGAACCAGUUGCCCCGCCUGUUCCAGACGUCGACGAAGAAGACAAGGAUACCGAGAAAUAG